AUGACAGAAACAACAGUUACUGAGUUUCCUGGUCGGAUUUCGUGGAAAAGUGCCCUCACCCUGAAGAAGAUUGUUAAUAAGUUCGAGGAAAUGGAUCUUUUUGAGAAUGUUUACAAUACCCAGUUCAGAUCAUUAUUCACAGCCCCCCUCUUGCAGUUCUCAAGAACUAUUGUACAUCAUAUGUUGAUGAGGAGGGAGGAGCUGAAAAUAGAGUUGAAAGAGGAGCUGAAAGAGCUGAAAACAGAGCUCAUCAAAGAGCUGAAAAUCACAAUCAAAGAAACUCAACAAACUCACCUUGAGUCGUUCAAGAAGAUGGUUUUUAGUAUGUCCCAACAGUUGUUAGAUAAAUCCAACAAAAAGAUGUCCAUAUUAUUAACAAGAUUAGAUGAUAUGGAGGAGAAUAUAAAGAAGAAGAAGAGUAAGAAGAAGGAUUCUAAGAAGGAUGUGAAGGUCGAAGAGGAUAAGACUACCGAGGAGAUGAUAGCGAUGCAGGGGACUGUGGGGGAUGAUGAGAAGGUGAAUGAUGGGAAGAAAGAUGAUGUGGCUGGUGGGGAUGAUGUUGCUAAGGUGGAGGAUGAUGAGAAGGUGGAUGAUGUUGCUAAGGUGGAGGACGUAAAGGUGGAGGACGUAAAGGUGGAGGAUGAUGUUGCUAAGAUGGAGGACGUAAAGGUGGAGGAUGAUGUAAAGGAGGAGGACGAUGAGAAGGUGAAGGACAAUGAGAAGGUGGAGGACGAUGAGAAGCUGAAUGGUGUGGCUAAGGUGGAUGAUGUGGGUGAAGGAUCUGAAAGUGAAGGUGAAGGAUGA